GCUAUUAGAGACCUCCACCUCCACUUCCAUUCCAAAAAUGGCGACUGGCCAGGGCCAUGCGGCCAUACAUUUCCCAAGCGCACUACAUAUACACCAACACCAUUCCGACACACCCUGCUAGGAGAGGGAGACGACGAGGCUACCACUCAGUUAGUUACCCAUGGGCCGCAACAUGGCGCUUCCCCUGGUCAUGGCGCUCGUGGCCCUAGUGGCGUCGCUGCCGUCAGCUUCCCCUGCAACGGCAGGGACGGCUGGUGCAUUCGACAACUGGUUGUCGGCGAACCAAAAAGAUUUCGCGAUCACACAAGCGUUGUAUGCGAAGAAGGCUGUGGGUGACACUGGCAACAGCAUCGACGAGUCCCUGGCCAAGGCAGAGGAUAACAAGACCACCUUUGUGGUGGACCCCAAGGGCGGUGGCGACUACAAGACCAUCACGGCCGCGCUGGAGGCCGUCCCGGAGGGCAACACCCGUCGUGUAAUCCUGGACCUGAAACCCGGCGAGUACCGAGAGAAGAUCUUCAUCAACAUCAGCAAGCCCUACAUCACUUUCAAGUCAGAUCCCAAGAACCCGGCCAUCAUCGCGUGGAACGACAUAGCUGCCACGUUAGGUAAAGACGGGAAGCCUGUGGGCACGGUAGGGAGCACCACCGUCGCUGUCGAGUCCGACUACUUCAUGGCGUACGGCGUGGUGUUCAAGAACGACGCGCCAACUGCCAAGCCAGGAGCCAAGGGCGGGCAGGCGGUGGCGCUGCGUACGUUUGGCACCAAAGCGGCUUUCUACAACUGCACCAUCGACGGCGGGCAGGACACGUUGUACGACCACAAGGGAUUGCACUACUUCAAGGACUGCCUGAUCAGAGGAAGCGUGGAUUUCAUCUUCGGGUUUGGGAGGUCCUUCUACGAGAACUGCCGCAUCGUGUCCAUUGUCAAGGAGAUCGCCGUGCUCACGGCACAGCAGCGGACCAAGACCAUCGAGGGCGCUAUCGAGAGCGGCUUCUCGUUCAAGAAUUGCACCAUCAUGAGCGAAGGCGGGGGUGAUAUCUAUCUUGGUAGGGCGUGGGGGGACUCGUCGCGCGUCAUUUACGCCUACACCGAGAUGAGCAAGGAGGUGGUGCCAGUUGGAUGGGAUGGAUGGGAGGUCAAGCAGCCUGAGAGUAGCGGGAUCUACUAUGGCGAGUUCAAAUGCAGCGGGCCGGGGUCGGACGCCAGGAAGAGGGUCGGGUGGGCUGUGGAUCUCACCGAGGCCCAGGCCAAGCCCUUCAUGGGCACACACUACGUCUUCGGCGACUCUUGGAUUCUACCUCCACCAACUGAGAACUCUCCUCCCUCUAAGAAAACUUCCAGUGGCGGAGCCACCGCCACAUCCCCCGCCGCAUCACCGUCGUCGUCGCCCGAGUCCGCGUCGGGUACUCAGCUGGAAAAUCUAAGACCAAAAAAGAAUUAUAGAGGAAGAAGACCGGCUCUUCGUCAUGUGUUAGUAGCAACGCUUGAGCAUCUUUUUCUGGAAGAGGCUAAUUGGCUUCGAGCUUUGGGACCAGAUAGUAUAGAUGCAUACCUCGAUGAGCUUCGAAACUGUGACUCAAUGAUUCUGCCACGUACCGUCAAAAUGUUCGUUCGAAUAACCAUGUAUGAGAUGUAUAGUACUUUGUUAAUCACACAAAAAUAUGUCUUCUUAACCAGUAUUAUUUUCAUGCAAACUAACACUUAUUUUUUUCCUAACAGAGGCAAGCCCUCACCUCUUCAUCAUUGACUGUGUAUCAUGUUCAUUUC